CAACUCAUCGUCAGUAUGUCAACACGUUUUUUACUAGACGUGCUGGCCGCCGAUUUUCCAUUAGCGAAGAAGUAAUUGGAGAGAGCCAUCUCCAAUAUUCAUUACCAUCUUUGCAAAUUUUCUCCUCUGUGAAACGAAACAACUCAAGCUUCUCUCAAAAGGAUAGCGUCGACACACACAGCAUCGAUGAACGAACCUGAGCUCAAUGAUUUGUCCGAUGACGUCGAUUAUGCCGCAUCAAUUCAACAGGUAUGCUUGUAUCAGGGUUCUGCCAGCAUAAUGCGGAGUGGAAGCGGGAACAGGAACCCUUUGGAGGGCUCGGAGGUGGUGUUUACAAAGGAAAAUGUGACGAUUCAUCCCAGUCAGUACAAGCACGAGAGAAUUAGUGGUCGGUUGAUAUUGACAAAGCAAUGGGAUUCUCUUUUCAUGACGUGGAUUCCCUACAAAGGCCAUAAUUCAAAUGAUAGGUUGUCUGAGGAAGAUAAGAAUCUCUAUACUAUAAUGUCUGUGCCAUUUGCUGAUAUUCGUUCCAUAAGUAGACACAUGCCAACACUGGGUUGGUCAUUUAUUAUUGUUGUUAUGUCAUCAGUUUCUUCUUUCAUCAUGAAUUUUCUCAUAGCUUUGACUGCUGUGUUGUCUUCAGGACUAGCUUUCCCUCCAUUUUAUUUCUACAGUGGAGGAGUUCGAGAUUUUAUCGCCACCAUCAAGCAGCAUGGUUCUUUUGUAAGGUCAGCCGAAGACCCCAAUGUAUUUCUUGUGAACGAUUUUCAGGAUCCUCUCCAGAGAACUCUAUCUUCCUUGGAGCUUCCUCCUACUAUUUCGGUAACAAAUACUCAUUCUCCUGUAAGUGGAGGUAAUGAGUCGCACAACAGUGGUGAUAUAGAGAGGGCUGCGUCCCAAAACAACUCUGGUAAUGUUCAGCAAAAUGGCAGACAGAUGCAAAAACAUAACGACCCUGCUCGCGAUCUUUCAAUACAAGUAUUGGAGAAAUUUUCACUCGUUACCAGAUUUGCUCGUGAAACCACCUCCCAACUUUUCCGCGAAACCAACAUUGAUGGAUUUAUUCGUAAUGAUGGAAGGAAGCAUGAUCUUAAUGAUAAGAGGAAGCAUGAUCGUAAUGAUGAGAGGAAGCAUGAUCAGUUGACUCCUCUGUUCCAACCCAUCACAGCAACAAAUGAUUCUCCAAAAGUUCCCAAUGUGGUUUCUGUCGAAUCUGAACCAUCUGAUCCAUUCGAUAAAUCAUCUCUAAUAUGGGGAAAACCACGUCAGCCGCCACUUGGGAAAGAAGAGUGGACCACCUUCUUGGACGAAGAAGGGCGAAUAAUGAAUUCAGAAGCAUUCAGAAAGCGAAUCUUUUAUGGGGGAGUAGAUCACGAUCUGCGGAAAGAGAUUUGGACGUUCUUACUAGGAUUCCAUGCAUAUGAUUCAACAUAUGCCGAGAGGGAGUACCUUAUGUCAGUGAAGAAGUCAGAAUAUGAAACUAUAAAAAAACAGUGGCAGAGUAUAUCGAUGGAGCAGGCGAAAAGAUUUACAAAGUUCAGAGAGAGGAAAGGUCUUAUAGACAAGGAUGUGGUAAGGACUGACAGGUCGCUGUUAUUCUAUGAUGGAGAUGACAAUCCACACGUGUAUAUCUUACGUGACAUACUGUUAACAUACUCAUUUUACAACUUUGAUUUGGGAUAUUGUCAGGGUAUGAGUGAUCUUCUGUCCCCAAUCUUGUAUGUCAUGAGAGAUGAAUCGAAAUCCUUCUGGUGCUUUGUUUCCCUUAUGGAGCGUCUUGGACCUAAUUUCAAUCGUGACCAAAGUGGGAUGCAUUCUCAACUUUUUGCAUUAUCAAAGCUGGUAGAACUAUUGGACACCCCACUGCACAACUAUUUCCAGCAAAACGAUUGUUUGAACUAUUUCUUCUGUUUCCGCUGGAUUUUGAUACAGUUCAAGAGAGAAUUCGAAUACGAACAGACAAUGCGCCUGUGGGAAGUUUUAUGGACCCAUUAUCAGAGUGAACACCUUCACCUCUAUGUAUGUGUUGCUAUCCUCAAGAAACACCGUGGUAAGAUAAUGGGGGAGCGCAUGGAUUUUGAUACGCUGCUUAAAUUUAUCAAUGAACUGAGUGGUCAGAUUAACCUUGAUGAGAUUUUAAGAGAUGCGGAAGCUUUGUGUAUAUGUGCUGGUGAAAAUGGUGCAGCUUGCAUACCUCCCGGAACUCCACCUUCCCUGCCAAUCGAGGAUGGAUCUGUGUAUCCUCAACAAGAUGACGUGUUGUAGAUGAUUACUCAAAACCGAUCAUAGCAGGACUUUCGAAACCUGUUAUUAUAUUAUAUGUAAGUGCUAUAUUGAAUUUGCAAAUGAACGUUGAUGAGUAUUGGAUAGCUAUAGACUAUAGUCAAUGUAUGUAACUUGCAUACCCAUAAUUGAUCAUGAUUUAUGUAUGGUGAAUGUUCUAUUCACAAAUAAUGAAAUGUAGGGGUGUUUAUUAGAUGGUAAAAUUUAGGGGAUAUGUUGAUGGUGAAUUAUACAAGUGAUAGGUAUAUGGGUAGCAUGUGAAAAAUGUGUUGGGGAUGGAAUUACUUAUAUGCAAAAUCGAGCAAAUCAAAGUUAGG